AUGGCGCUUUCUCUUGCCGCGUCGAACGGCGGAGUCCCGCCGAACGGACGCAAGCAGAUGCGCCACCAGCCCAAGUCGCGGGCGUUUGCAGGUAACAGAGUGCCCGACAGCCCCUCGUUCUCGGCGUCAAAGUCUGUGCUCGAGCCCGACCCCGAGCUCACCGCUGAGCUCGAGAUGUUGCGAAAUGAGGUGGCAUCAUUGCGUGGGGGGGAGGCUCUGGCAGUCAAGCCCAGACCGGAGGCCAUGGGCGUCGAUGCUGGUCAGCCCGGCAUCGACGCGGAGGCCAGGAAGCAGCUUGGCGCGGUCACUCAGAAGCCCUGGGCGGUUGCAAAUCUCGUAGGGGAAGAAUUUGAUGAGUUGCGGGGGAAGCUGCGAGCGAAGCAGGUGCUGGUCGAGGCGCGCAUGGCGUUGGGCGACGCUGCAAAGGCGCUGCAGGCUACAGCGAAGGAGAUCGCCGAUCUCGAGUCCGAGUGCUGCCAGCUGGUGGCUGGCGCGCCGGUGGCUCCGUCUGGGUCGGGGGCGGCGUCGGGUGAUGGCGGGCUCGAGCAGCUCAUCGGUGAGGGCCUCUCGAUCUGGAAGUGCGGCGAGGUGCUCCAGAGUUUCGGCGGCAGCCCCGAGCUGGCGCAGAGGCUCCGUGCGUGCUUGGCAGAG